UUCGAAGAUCACGAAAUGCGUACGAUAGUGCGUCGUUAAUGGUUAUUCGUAAUCGUUUACUUCCCGUUUUACUUGAUUAUCUUCUUACGUUUACGCCGAGGAAAGUAUCGAUUUCUGAUCGUGAUUUUUUAAAGGAUGUUCGAUUCUUUAUUAUUAUUUCGAUUCAAGAGAAAAAGAUCGUCGUAUGUGACACGACUUUCAGGCGGUCAACGUGCCGAUUUAAAUCCUUGUGUGCACACAUCGAGCCAGUUAUAGAUUUAUGCUAUACGAACGUAAACAUUAUUGGUAGAAUGUUCAAUGUUUGUUUCGUGUUAGGGGUGGCUGAACGUGAAAGAACAAGGGCAAAGUAUCGAUUCAUUUCUUUCGUGUGAAAUGGUCGGUGUCACGGUUUACAAUAUGCUUUCACAGACGAGCAUCGCCCAGAAAUUUUGCAGCAACGAAUUCACCAGACAGUACACGCAAACGUCUGGAAUCGACUUCUUUUUGAAGAACAUCAGCAUCGGUUAUUACAAGAACGUUAAUCUACAUCUAUGGGACGUCGGUGGCCUUGCGCUUCACGGAAACAUGCUGGAUAAAUAUGUCUUUGGUGCUCACAUUAUUCUUUUCGUCUACGACAUCACGAACAGUUUCAGUUUCGACGUCCUGGAGGAAUGGUUGGAUAAAAUCAGAGAAGUGAACAACAAGUACGAAGAAACACCUCUGAUGGCUGUGGUUGGUAAUAAAUGCGACAUGGAACAUCAGAGAACGGUGAAGAAGGAUCGAAGUCACAAAUUCGCCGCGGAGAACGGAUUUCCUUCUCACGAUGUGUCAGCGAGGACCGGCGAGGCGGUAUCGUUGUGCAUAGUAAAUUUGGCGGCGCAAAUUUUGGGAGUUCGAUUAACGAAAACCGAUCAAGACUACCACAAACCCAUAAUUACCGCGGAGAUAGGCGACACAGUCGACAUGGCCGCGAUUCACAAAGUUGUGAAAAGAAUUCCGAAUAAGAGACAAAACCAACUCCCCUUCUAUCCUCACUUAUCCUCGUCGAAAUCAACGGUGUGCGAAUUGCAGUAAGAAAAAAUUAUACGAAAUUCGAUUGUUUUCACGCACAGAGAUAACACG